AUGGGGAUUUUGAUUGAUGCAAAGGUGUAUGAUUGCAGAAAUCAUAGGAGAAAGAAUCAUAGGAUACCAAUCCUUAACAGAGUUGAGAUAGAGAUUGAGAAGUAUAAAAAGAAGAGACAGGCUGAUGAGGAAGAUGUUUCUUUAUGGAAGAGUGGAGAUGAAAAAUACAAGAGGAAGUUCUCGACGAGGGAUACAUGGCAAAUAUUGAGAGAGAAGCAUCAGAAGUUUGAUGAGUGCAAGGCAAUCUGGUUCAAAAACUCUACUCCAAAGUUCUCCUUUUUGACAUGGGUUGCAGUGAAUGAUAGAUUAUCUACAGGGGAACGAAUGCUGAGCUGGAAUGCAAAUGUGGAUGCAUCAUGUAUCUUCUGUAAAACCCCAGUAGAAACAGUUGCUCACCUCUUCUUUGAGUGUCCAUUCUCGCAGCAGAUAUGGAGAAGUUUGGUAAAAUGA